AUGGCCAGCACUGGGAACCUUUCUGAAGAGCAGGUGCACUGCUCCAUCUGUCUUGACGUCUUCACCAACCCUGUAUCCAUCCCCUGCGGACACAACUUCUGCCAGAGUUGCAUCGUGGGAUACUGGAAAACCAGCUCUUUGUAUCAGUGUCCCAUGUGUAAGAAGACCUUUCACAAAAGGCCUGAUAUUAGUGUUAACACUGUGUUGAGAGAAAUUGCAGAGCAGUUCAAAGAGAUUAGGAUUAGAGGUGUGGAAGGGAAGGAGGUCCUGUGCGACGCUUGCCUUGGGGAAGGCAGGCCUAAAGCAAUCAAAUCCUGCGUUGUGUGCUUGACUUCUUACUGCGAGGAGCAUUUGAAAUCUCAUGCUGCCCGGUUCACCAAGCACAAGCUAAUGGAACCUGUAGCUAACAUGGAAGACAGGAUGUGUCCAAAGCAUGAAAGACUCCUGGAGCUGUUUUGUAAGAAGGAUCAAACCUGUGUGUGUGUCCUGUGCACUGAGACGGAGCACAGGAUGCACUACACCGUCCCCGUGGAGAGAGAGUGGACAGAGAAAAAGGCGCAGCUGAAGAGGACAGAAAUAGACAUCCAGCAGAUGAUCCAGGACAGAAUGAAAAAGGUGGAGGAGAUCAAGCACUCUGUGGAGCUCAACAAAGCCAGUGCUCAAAGAGAGAUCGAGGAGAGCAUGCAGGUCUUCUCAGAGCUGGUGCGCUCCAUCCAGAGGACUCAGGCCGAGCUGGUUUUGGACAUAGAGGAGAAGCAGAGGCAGACGGAGAGGCGGGCUGGAGGCCUCAUCACUGAACUGGAGCAGGAAAUCGCUGAGCUGAGGAGGAGGAACACAGGCUUGGAAAACGUGGCUCAGACAGACCACAUUCACUUCUUAAAGAAGUUCCCAGCCCUUAGCACUCCUCCUUCUGUUAAGGACUGGUCUAACACCAGUGUUCCCACUGACAUGUGUGUAGGCAUGAUCAGGAGAUCCGUGUCUAAACUGGAGGCAACGUUUAAUGAGAUGACUGACAAACUGACUGAAAGCGAGAUGAAAAAGAUCCAGAAAUACACAGUGGAUGUAACUCUAGACCCUGAUACAGCCAACCCAUGGUUGCAGCUUUCUCAGGACAGACGUCAGGUGAGACACCUGGGAGCAUGGCAGGACCUCCCAGACCACCCUGACCGCUUCGACACAGUGGUCAUUGUCCUGGGCCGUGAGGGCUUCACUUCAGGGAGGCAUUACUGGGAGGUCCAGGUGGGAGAAAAGGAUGACUGGUACCUGGGCGUAGCCAAGUCUUCUGUCAACAGAAAGGGUAGGAUCUCUGUUAGCACCACUCAAGGAUACUGGGCUCUGGCCAGGAAGAAAGGGCAGGGGUACCGGGUGUCAACAUCUCCACCGUUACUGCUCCCCCUCGACCCCAAGCUCAAGCAAAUAGGGGUGUAUGUGGACUACGACGAGGGGCAAGUGUCGUUUUAUGACAUAAGGGCUCAGACUCAUAUUUACACACUCAAAGAUACAUUCACGGAGAAGAUUCUUCCUUUCUUCUACCUCUACUGCUGUGACAAAUCCUCCGAUACCAUCAUGAUCUGUCCUGUAAAUGGGAAAAGUCUGACUAAGCAAAGCUAA